UGACCUUCUCCGUGCAAGUUUGGGGUUGGGUUUUGUUGCAGUACAGAGUGCCUUUUUGGUUUUGAAUUUGGCGCCUAAGGUAAAUGUUCCUCAGAGGCGUACGGCUCUCGCGUUGUUGGAGUCUAGUUCACAUGACGGCGGUGGCAGAGAAGGAGGAGCGCAGCGUGAACCUGGAAUGUGGUGGUGGUGGUGCUGGAGGAGGAGGAGGAGGAGGAGGUGGUGGUAGCGGCGACAAUGUAGCGGUUGCAAUCAGAUUGUAUCCCUUAAGGCUUGAGAGCGAAGAAUCCUCACUAGCACAGACCCCGGCCCCAGACGAACAACCGCCACCGAGUCCUCGACCCAUCUCCAACACUCAGCAGCCGGAGGAGGAGCGCCUUACAACGCUUAUAAAAUGUGAUAAGAUGACACAGGAGAAAAAGAAAAGAACGAGCCGCACUGACAUGCUGACCAAAAAUGUCAUGAGAGAUCCGAGUGCAAUUCCUGAACCUUUUUCAGAAUUUACCAAGCAACUGAACCCACCCCACCCCCAAAGUAACAGCAACAUGACUGGUGUGGCUUAUUGAAUGGAGCAGGAAGAAUUUGCUGCUGUCAUUCUGCUUUGUUUUUAAUUGUGCUUCCGAAUGUUUGCAUAUUGUUACCAAGUUAAACUUGUGUGAAGUUCCAAAGCCAGAAUAAUUUUAUCAUGAAUUUUUGAGUUGGCAGAUAUGAUUUAUUUUAAAAAUUAGGGACUUUUUUUUUGGUAGUUUAGUUUCUGGGUUCAGGUAGUGCCACAAGUUUGUGUUGCAGUUUAGCAUCCAAAUAUUCUACUAGAUUAUACUUAACUCCAAAAUACCAUCACACACUCAUUUUUGGUAUUUACUGCAACUGUGAACACGCCACCAAUCUGGUUCGCUAUUUAAUUUUUUUACUGUUUAAUAUAAAAGUUGUUACUGAAGUAGCAUGCCAUAAAUGGAGCCCCAUCAUUCCAGUUGUACUAUCAGAUGUUUUUAAGGUACAGACAGUACCCACUUUACCUGACUUUGAGAUCACAGUUGAUAGAAUGUGUAGACCAGUUACUCAGAGAUGUACAGAAUGGAAACGGACCCUUCGGUCCAACCAGUCCAUGCUGAACAUAAUCUCAAACUAGUCCCACCUGCCUGCUGCUGGUCAUAU